AUGUCACGAGAAAGCCGCAUUUACGUUGGAAAUCUACCAACAACUGUUAGAGCAAAGGAUGUGGAAGAUAUCUUCAGCAAAUAUGGCAGAGUCCUGUACGUCGACUUGAAAGAUCGGCGGCAGCCGUAUUUUGCUUUUGUGGAGUUCGAAGAUGCAAGGGAUGCAGAAGAUGCUGUUCGCGGUCGUGAUGGUUAUGAUUAUGAGGGGUAUCGCUUGCGGGUAGAAUUUCCGCGCGGUUUAGGACCUAGAGGACCCGGAGGAGGGCCGUAUGACGCUGGGAGAAACUUAUCCUUCUCGCGAAACACUGGUGGAGGUAGCAGUUCCAGUGGAGGUCGUCGAGCAAACUAUCGUGUUAUAGUUUCGGGUUUGCCGGCUUCAGGUUCGUGGCAGGAUUUAAAAGACCAUAUGCGUGAAGCAGGUGAUGUUUGCUAUACGGAUGUGCUACGGGAUGGCACUGGUAUUGUGGAAUAUGGUCGUUAUGAAGAUAUGAAAUACGCUUUACGUAAACUUGAUGACACGAAGUUCAAAUCACAUGAGGGUGAAACUUCUUACAUUCGAGUAAAAGAAGAUAAUGGGGAGUCGCAUGCUCAUUCUCGUUCCAGAUCACCGGUUGGUCGUGCUUCUCGAGGUUCACCGCAAUAUAGUCCAUCAUACAGUAAUAGUGGAAGUCAUUCCCACUCACCCUGA